CAAUGUAGAAUGGACAACAAUUUGAUGGCCAAAGAAGAAUGGUCAAAAUUAGGGUUUGAUGAUGAUAAUGACGUAAACGAUAAAGAAGAAAAAUAGUGAUACAGUGUAAAUUGUUUGGUGACUUUUACUUAUAACAAUGGAGAAGAAAAAGGUUUUGGUCGGUUGUUGCGGAAGUGUUGCAACAAUCAAAUUACCCGUACUGAUAAACAGCUUCUUGGACAGGAACUGUGAAGUUGAAGUUGUAAUGACUCAACACGCAUUACAUUUUGUGUCCCUGGCGGAGAUAUCACCGUUAGUGAAAGUGCAUGUUGAUGAGGACGAAUGGACAAGUUGGAAGCAGAGAGGCGACCCAGUGCUCCAUAUCGAGUUGGGACGGUGGGCUGACGUAUUUGUAAUUGCCCCCUUGGAUGCCAACACGCUCGCUAAAAUGGCAAAUGGUUUGUGUGACAAUCUAUUGACUUGUGUGGUGAGAGCGUGGGAUGUACGCAAGCCUCUGUUCUUCUGCCCUGCAAUGAACACUCGCAUGUGGGAACAUCCUAUCACGUCAGGACAUGUUAAUCUGCUCAAGAGCUGGGGCUAUCAAGAGAUUCCUUGUAUAUCCAAGACGCUCAUGUGUGGAGAUACAGGCACUGGUGCUAUGGCCGAGGUCGACACAAUCGUGCAAACCAUAUUGUAAAAAAUUAGUUUUUAAUAAAAUGUUAUGUUACAUACAUUAA